AUGCGGCCUGAGAACCAGAGCAGAGUGUCUGAGUUCCUCCUCCUGGGGCUCCCCAUCCCUCUGGAGCAGCAUGGCUUAUUCUUUGCCCUGUUCCUGGGCGUGUACCUGACCACUGUCCCGGGAAACCUGCUCAUCAUCCUGCUCAUCAGGCUGGACUCUCACCUCCACACCCCCAUGUACUUCUUCCUCAGCCACUUAGCCUUCUCUGAUAUUUCCCUUUCAUCUGUCACAGUUCCAAAGAUGCUCAUGAACAUGAAGGUUCAGCAACAAUCCAUCUCCUAUGUUGGGUGCAUUUCUCAGUUGUGGUUUUUCAUAGUUUUUGGAUGUCUUGACAAUUUUCUUCUUGCAGUGAUGGCAUAUGACAGGUAUGCGGCCAUCUGUCAGCCACUCCACUACACCACUGUCAUGAGGCAGGAGCUGUGUGUCUCGUUAGUAGCUGGGUCCUGGUUCUUCAGUUGUGCACAUGCCCUAUUGCACACACUUCUCUUGAAGAGCACUAUGAGGCCUGAGAACCAGAGCAGCAUGUGUGAGUUCCUCCUCCUGGGGAUCCCCAUCCUGCCAGGGCAGCAGGACAUGUUCUUCACCCUGUUCCUGAGCAGAUACCUGACCAUGGUGCUGAGGAACCAGCUCAUCAUCCUGCUUAUCAAGCUAGACUCUUGCCUCCACAUCCCUAUGUACUUCUUCCUCAGCCACUUGGCCUUCUGUAACAUUUCCCUUUCAUCUGUCACAGUUCCAAAGAUGCUCAUGAACGUGAAGAGUCAGCAACAAUCCAUCUCUUACGUGGGGUGCAUUUCUCAGUUGUGGUUUUUCAUCGUUUUUGGUUCUCUUGACCAUUUCCUUCUUGGAGUGAUGGCAUAUGACAGAUAUGUGGCCAUCUGUCAGCCACUCUACUACACCACCCUCAUGACUGAGCUGUACAUCUCACUAGUAGUUGGGUCCUGGGUCUUCAGUUGUGCACAUCACCUGAUGCACACUCUACUCUUGGCCCAAGUGUCCUUCUGUGCUGACAAUAGCAUCCUCCACUUCUUCUGUGACCUCCCUGUGCUUCUGAAGGUGAGCUCCUCAAAUAUCUCCCUCAAUGACUUGGUCAUUUUCACUGAGGAAGGAAUGCUUUUCAUUCCUCCUUUGAUUAGUGUUUUGAGUUCAUAUAUCUGUAGAGAUACCACCGUCUUGAGUGUCUCCUCCACCAAGUGACUCUCUAAAGCCUUUUCUACCUGUGGUUCCCAUCUCUUUAUGUUGUCUUUAUACUAUGGGACACUUGCAGGUAUUUACUUUUUCUCCUCAUCAUGGGACUCAAAUGACAAGGACAUAAUUGCUUUGGUCAUGUAUAUGGCAGUUACCCCCAUGCUGAACCCUUUCUUCAUAGCCCGAGGAAUAGAGAUAUAA